AUGCCGGAACUGCCAGCAGUGCUGCUGUCGAUUCACGUCCACUUCCUGCUAGUUACUGUGCUUAACAUGCCGCCUUGUUCUCUAAGCCAGACCCCUGUCCUGUCAUCUGUGCGAAUGGCGGCAAUUCUGGAUGACCGCUCCGCCUGUGGCCGUGGAGAGCGGUUGGCUUUAGCUUUAGCACGGGAGAACAUCAAUAGCAUGCUGGAGGGUCCAGCUCGUGCCCGUGUGGACGUAGAAGUCUUUGAGCUCCAGAGAGACUCUCAGUACGAGACUACAGACACUAUGUGCCAGAUUCUGCCUAAAGGUGUGGUGGCUGUGAUUGGUCCUGCCUCCAGUCCUGCCUCAGGUUCUACUGUCAGUCACAUCUGUGGAGAGAAGGAGAUCCCUCAUGUGAAGAUUGGUCCAGAGGAGACUCCACGGCUGCCUUACCUGCGUUUUGCGUCCGUCACGUUGUAUCCUAGCAACGAGGAUCUGAGCUUGGCCGUGGGCGCCAUCCUACGCUCUUUCAGCUACCCAUCAGCCAGUCUGGUCUGUGCCAAGGCCGAGUGUCUGCUGAGAUUGGAGGAGCUGGUGCGGCGUUUUCUCAUCUCCAGGGAAACGUUGUCUGUCAGAAUGCUGGAUGAUGACCUCGAUCCCACAUCCUUACUCAAAGAGAUACGUGAUGAUAAAAUAGCUACAAUCAUCAUUGAUGCUAAUGCUUCUGUGUCAUACCUGAUUCUGAAAAAGGCAUCUGAGUUGGGGAUGACAUCGGCAUUUUACAAAUACAUUCUCACCACCAUGGACUUUCCUUUGCUGUGGUUAGAUGAUGUGGUUGAUGAGCACUCCAACAUUGUGGGUUUCUCUAUGUUCAACACCACCCACCCAUUUUACCUGGAGUUUAUAAGGAGCCUCAACCUGUCCUGGCGAGAAGGCUGUGACCUUAACCCAUACCCAGGACCAGCGCUGUCUUCAGCUUUGCUGUUUGAUGCCGUCCAUGUGGUGGCGAGCGCCGUACAGGAGCUGAACAGAAGUCAGGAAAUCGGAGUGAAACCCUUAAGCUGCUCCUCCCCACAGAUCUGGCAGCAUGGAACCAGCCUCAUGAACUACUUGCGCAUGGUGGAGUAUGAUGGUUUAACAGGCCGUGUUGAGUUUAACAGCAAAGGCCAGAGAACCAACUACACCCUGCAUAUCCUGGAGAAACAUAAAUCAGGCCACAAACAGAUUGGUAUUUGGUAUUCUAACAACACCCUGGUCAUGAACUCCACCAGUCUGGAUAUUAAUGUCUCUGAAACAUUGGCCAACAAGACCCUCAUCAUCACCACCAUACUGGAGAACCCGUACGUGAUGAGGAAAACAAAUUAUCAGGAACUGGAAGGGAAUGAGCAGUAUGAAGGCUUCUGUGUGGACAUGUUGAAGGAAUUGGCAGACAUUCUGAAGUUCACAUAUCGAAUCAAACUAGUCGAUGACGGUCUGUACGGCGCUCCAGAACCCAAUGGUUCCUGGACUGGCAUGGUGGGGGAGCUUAUCAACAGAAAGGCAGAUUUAGCUGUAGCUGCUUUCACCAUCACCUCUGAGAGGGAGAAAGUCAUUGAUUUCUCCAAGCCUUUCAUGACCCUGGGCAUCAGUAUACUUUACCGAGUUCAUAUAGGUCGAAAGCCAGGCUAUUUCUCAUUCCUCGAUCCUUUUUCUCCAGCCGUUUGGCUUUUCAUGCUGUUGGCCUACCUGGCUGUCAGCUGUGUGCUUUUCCUCGCUGCUAGGUUAAGCCCCUACGAGUGGUAUAACCCUCACCCGUGCUUGCGGGAACGCCGGGAUCUGCUGGAGAACCAGUACACACUAGGAAACAGUCUGUGGUUUCCAGUAGGAGGCUUCAUGCAACAAGGCUCAGAAAUCAUGCCUAAAGCUCUGUCUACACGCUGUGUUAGCGGAGUCUGGUGGGCAUUCACUCUGAUCAUCAUCUCCUCGUAUACAGCCAAUCUGGCUGCAUUUCUGACAGUGCAGAGGAUGGAGGUCCCCAUCGAGUCACCCGAUGACCUGGCAGACCAAACCAACAUUCAGUAUGGCACUAUACAUGGUGGAAGUACCAUGACCUUCUUCAUGAACUCACGCUACCAGACGUACCAGCGCAUGUGGAACUAUAUGUACUCCAAGCAGCCCAGUGUGUUCGUGAAGAGCACAGAGGAAGGCAUUGCCCGUGUACUAAACUCCAAAUAUGCCUUUCUUCUGGAGAGUACCAUGAACGAGUACCACCGCAGUCUCAACUGCAAUCUCACACAGAUCGGGGGCCUGCUGGACACCAAGGGCUACGGCAUUGGCAUGCCUCUGGGCUCUCCCUUCAGGGAUGAGAUCAGUCUGGCUGUUCUGCAGCUGCAGGAGAAUAACAGGCUGGAGAUUUUGAAGCGAAGGUGGUGGGAGGGAGGGCAGUGCCCCAAAGAGGAGGACCACAGAGCUAAAGGUCUAGGAAUGGAGAAUAUUGGCGGGAUCUUUGUGGUAUUGAUCUGUGGAUUGAUCAUUGCCGUGUUUGUGGCAGUGAUGGAGUUUGUGUGGUCCACACGGCGCUCUGCUGAAACGGAUGAGGUGUCUGUGUGUCAGGAGAUGUUGAGUGAGUUUAGAAAUGCUGUGUCAUGUAAAAAGAGCUCUCGUUUGCGCCGACGUCGGCCUCUAUCAAGCUCUUUAGCCCUGCGUCACCCGGCCCGCCUCAGCCUGGGGGCCUCACGUCCCCUGCGCCUGGUCAGAGAGAUGCGUCUCAGCAAUGGCAAGCUCUACAGUGGUGCAGGGCCUUUAACAGGAGGCACCGGAGGUGCAGGAGGCCCCUCAGAGCUUGGUCCUGGGCCUCAGCGUCUCUUAGAGGAGCCUCUGGGGGCCAAGAGCACACCCACAGGGCCUCUGGGCCCCCCUGCAGUGACUGUGCCUCUGCCACGAGGCUGCACUCAUGUACGAAUUUGCCAGGAGUGCCGGCGCAUACAGAGCCUACGCACAACCUCGUGCUCACGCAUCCCUCCAUCCUCGGCACCGCUGCCUCGCCUAGCUCCACCCCCACCACGCUCCUCCUCCAACACAGACAGCGAAGGGGGUGGCGGGCCUAGCCCACGCCGAAGAGGCCACUCCCCUCCUCCGAGAGCCUGUGCACUCCCGCCCCCUCAGAGCACCACAAAUACAGACCUACUGGGAGGCCAGGACUGA